AUGCAUCUUAUAGUUGGAGGUGGUCACUGCUCUGUUUGCAAUUGGAGGGAGUCGUUCUCAGUUAAACUCUCCCUUUCUCAGAAGCAAGUGUCGGGCACUGUCCUUCAGUUCGCUGCCGAUGAGCCCCACCUUCUGCAACACCCUUGUACAGAUGAGAACCUCUGGGGAGGGCCUGGUCCAGCCCUGUAUUUGGGGGCAAGAGUUUUCUUCAGCAAAGAUGGCUUUGAGAGCAGCCUCCUACCACUUUCCAUCCCCAGCGAGUUAGUGAGUCCAACAGCCUUAGUCAGUGCUGCCACCUUUGUGAAGCAAAAUCAGAUGGCAAUGGUGAUAAAUGGUAGGGUCUAUCUCUAUAUCUUUGCAGAUGAGGAGAAAUGGCAACCAGCAGAGGGGAUCCAUUCCCCAGUCACGGACCUCUCCAACACCUACUGCUGCUUCUCCUGGCAGGACCCGAUCUGUGACAACAUCAGCAUGACUCUUUUUGCCUAUGCGACUGGGCAUUCAGUCUCCGAGAGCCAAAUCUUCCUAUCAGAAAAUGGGGGUUUCACUUUUAGACUUAUGAAGUUAAAAUCAGCUCUACAAAAUGUGCUGCUUGGUGUCUAUAAUUUUAUUUCCCUCUCUGUUACUGGGUUACUAAUCAACAAUACCCAAGAGGAUGAAGGAAAAGGACAUGGGGCUUAUUUUAUAUACGUUAACUGGAAGAGGAGCCACGAGGUCUAUCGCAGCUCCACAGUCUUCCAGCUGGUUUCCAAAGAGGGUGCUUCUAUCCAUAAUAUCCAGCACCCUAGCCUGAGGGGCUACAUCAUUAUCUGGACCAAGAGUACCCUGAUGCUUUCCUUCAACAAUGGCCUGAUUACAGAAGCAGCGACUAUUCUGCCCACAGAAGAGUUUCCAGGCACUUCUCUCCCUAAUACUUCUCUAUUCCAUGUAGCCAUCAGCACUUCUGAGAUUGCAGUCUUCACCCAGGAGAACCAGCUGUUCUAUGGCGUUCUUGGCAUGUUUUCCACUUCCAUGGUACUUACAGAAACAAUGAACACCACAGAUUUAGGCUGUUGUGUGUUGCUGUUUGAAAGGACAGGAAUACUGACAUUGCUCAGACCCAUCCAUAACAAUGAUUCCCACAUAUAUAACUUCCAGAAAUGCACCUAUAAUAUGCAGUCACUGCUCAUGAACAAGUUACAUCCCAUGCAGUAUUGCAUACUGGAGGUCCUUAGCGGCAACUUUCAUAACAAGGUUUUUUACAUUGAUAUGCACCAGAGGCUGAACUUCACUGCCACCUUUGUACCCAAACGUGGUACUGGGGCCUUUCCUCUGGUGACUGUGAGCAAUCCCCAUGUGCUGAGUUUCCAGGCACGUGUGGUACAGGAUGGGUACACACAUGACGGGAAUACCAAGUACAGUUUAAGCAUACUGCUGAUGCAGCAACGCUUCUCUGACAUGGCAGAGCCCCACUUCUGGGCUGACUUACUUGAGGGUGGUGUGUCUAUCCUCAAUGUGGAUUCUCCCAAGAAAGGUGUUUUUUGUGCUGACAUACUUCCUUUGUCUGCAUUUAUUCAUGUAGGUUGCCCACCUAUGAAACAGAUUAGACUUUUUAAAAAUGCAACUGCUUGCAGUAAAGAACUCUUUCAUCAAGACUUACUACGAAAUAAUUUCACUUACAUAAUCAGCCAUGAUAUAUAUGACCCAGAAUUUCUUGCCAGACAAAACUUAGAGCAAAGCGACCUUCGAAUUCAAUAUGAUUAUGAGAUGCUGGGAUGUCCUCUUCUGGUAUAUCAUGAUGAUCCUUGGUUGCCAGUUCUUGAGUUAUGGGAAAACAGUGAAUUUGUGGAGUACGUUUCUGCUGACUUUGUUAUGUUUGAAGUAAAUGGAAUUCAUAAUUAUGAUUAUCUCUUGACAGCUGUAGAAGCCAAUUGCAUCUCUCAACCUCAGAAUUGGACCUCUUUGCUAAAAGAACAAGAUUCUCCAGACCCAAAUACUGCAUGGAACAGAAAGAAUUACAUAAACUGUGAGAAUCCCAAUGGACCUAAAUUAGUAUCGCCUUCAGCCAAGUAUCAAGUUCUUGGUGGAAAAACAAAAAACAAAAUAAUUUUUUCACAGUAUAAUGGAUUAUACAUCUUUAAAGCUAUUGUAGUGGACAAUUUUUAUAGUUAUUGUGAGUUGUCUACAUAUUUCUGUGUCUAUGUCUAUGGUGCCCUCCCAAGCAGCUACAUAAAUCCUUGGGUAGCGCUAACAGUUUUUUUUACUAUUAUUUUUAUUUCAAUUUUGAUGGGAUAUAUCUUACCGACAUUAUCACUCAUAAAAAUACCCUCAAAAGUUAAAAUAUCCUGA